AUGACGGCGGCCGGAAUAGCUUCUGCGCAGACCAAGAAGCUUCUGAAGUUUAGUCUUUCUCUCUUCCGUCGUGGCUUUAACUCCUCUAAAUGCAAAACGGCGGCGAAGAUGGCUGUGGCUCGGAUAAAGCUUCUAAGGAACAAGAGACAAGUUGUGGUGAAGCAAAUGAGACGUGACAUUGCGGUUCUUCUUCAAUCCGGUCAAGAUGCUACUGCUCGAAUCAGAGUUGAGCAUGUGAUUAGGGAACAGAAUACUCUAGCAGCUAACGAAAUCAUCGAGCUUUUCUGCGAACUUAUCGUUUCACGACUCACUAUCAUCACCAAGCAAAAGGAAUGCCCUGCGGAUCUUAAGGAAGGUAUUGCUAGUUUGAUUUUCGCUGCGCCUAGGUGCUCUGAAAUUCCUGAGCUUGGAGAUCUUAGAGACAUUUUUGUGAAGAAAUAUGGAAAAGAUUUUGUAUCUGCUGCUACUGAUUUGCGUCCCACCUGCGGCGUGAACCGGAUGUUAGUUGAUAAGCUUUCGGUUAGACAUCCCGGUGGAGAAUUCAAACUGAAAAUCCUGAAGGAAAUUGCAAAGGAAUUCCAGGUUGAUUGGGACACGACAGAGACAGAGCAAGAACUUCUCAAACCUCAAGAAGAAACCAUAGGUGGACCACGAGCGUUUGUCAGUGCCUCAAGCUUACCUGUUAAUCGUGCAGCUCACGAGUCCAUUGAUCCUACGAAAGCAGUGCCGAGAUCGAGUAGUAGCACGAGCAUCAACACGCAUUAUCAUGACACCGAGUCAGCAGCUGAAGCAGCAGGGGAAUUAGCCAAACAGGCGGUUGCAGCAGCACAGGUAGCUGCCUUAUUAGCUACCAGAAGAGACUCCACCAAGGAGUUCUCUGUUUCCUCCUCGUCUUACGAUCAUUCAACAAACCAGAAGGAUCAAUAUCAUCCAGGUUCAAGAAAACAAUCCGGAGAUUCUGAAACAAGCUCCUACUACGCAAAACCUGCUUCAGAAAACAGAGGAACCGGAAGAAGACACAGCUACAACAAUCCAUCUAUACACAAAUCUGACCACGAGGAAGAAGACUACACCGAAACUGAAGCAAAAGAAACAACAAUGAGGAGGAGACACAGCUACAACUCUCCAUCACUUCCUCCUCCUCCUGCAACAUCUGAGAUCAAGUUUGAUGAAUCAGACUACUACGAGGACGAGACAGAGCCAGAGGAAAGACCAUCACAGACUCGUGCUUUUUCUCUCCCGCCAAACCGAGCACCGCCUCAAGCUCCUCAGUCUAAUGAAUCAAGACGGGACUCAAGCGGUCACCAUGCUCACCCAAAACUGCCUGACUACGAUAUAUUGGCUGCACGUUUUAAAGCUAUCAGAGACAGUAAAGGGCCAUUGAUCUAA